AUGGCCGAACGCGCCCUCCAACAGAUCCUCUCCCAGCUCCAGACCCAAGGGUCCUCCCUCUCCUACGCCGAUGCCUCCGCUCAACUGUCCAAAGCCAAGCUGGCGCUCCUCAAGCUCAACGCCCUGACACCGUCCCCCACGACCCCCGCCGCCCAUCUCGCCCUGGCCCGCGACCUCUACGAGAAGGGCGCCCUGGCGUCCAUCCGCGCCCGCAACCCCGACGCCUUCACCCGCUACGUUCACCAGCUCCAGCCCUUCUACGACCUCGGACCGGACGCGCUGCGGCCCAACCCCGCCGAGCGCAACAAAAUCACCGGCCUCUACAUGCUCCUGCUCCUGACGCAGGGCCGCUACGCUGAGUUCCACUCGGAGCUCGAGAGCCUCGCCACCCGCGACGGCGGCGGUGACGCCGAGGCCGUCGAGGGCGACCGCUACCUCGGAUAUCCCAUCCGCCUCGAGCGCUGGCUCAUGGAGGGCAGCUACGACCGUGUCUGGAAGGCCAUGAAGAGCCGCGAGGUGCCCUGCGAGGAGUACUCUGUCUUUUCCGAGCGACCACGGACAAGGAAGACUGACACGCUGCAGAUUCUCACCUCCCAGAUCCGCUCCGAGAUUGCGUCCAGCAGCGAGCGCGCCUACCCCAGCCUGCCCAUCAGCUCCACAAAGUCCCUCCUCUUCCUCGACUCGGAGGGUGCCGUCAUCGAGUUCGCCAAGCACCGCGGCUGGCUCAUCCGCGACGGCAACAUCUACUUCCCCGACACGGCCGAGGCGUCGGCCGAGGAGGGCGGCCAGCAGAAGGAGCUCAGCAAGAUGGUCAUCGAGAACACGUUGGGCUACGCACGAGAGCUGGAGACGAUUGUGUAA